GUUAAACAAUACUCCCACACGGUAGUAUUUCCACCACCAACAUCCCAUCGCACGUCCUGACGUAAACGGCUAUAAUCUCCAUCGUAUACAUGAGACGCCUUUGUGAAGCUGUCAACACCACCCGCAUCUUCUCGAAAUUCUCCCCAGAGCUGGCAGUGUCGCGUGUCUAUUGACAUGCCUCUCUUUUCCAAUGUGCCAGCGCUCCGCCUGACACUCGCCUACGCCGUCCACGAUCCCUCGAGUUUACUCCCACACCGAACAAUCCCCACGCUCCUCUCACUUCCACUACCUGUCGGCCCCUGGCUUCCCUCCGUCAAUAGUACAGGAAAAAAGCCGACCAUAAAGGCUCUUGUUGUCGACAAGGAUAAUACUCUGUGUCCGCCCGAGACGGCCAAUCUACACAUAUCCUAUUUGGACAAGAUCGAGAAGAUCAAACAAUGUCCCGAGUUUUCCCACAAUGCACACAGCAUCCUCAUCGUGUCGAAUACUGCAGGCAGCAGUCCGUCUGAGGAACAUGAGGCUGAAGCGAAGCAAUUAGAAUUGGAGCUGGGACUACCUGUGUUACGACAGCAUCCUGAGCGCAAGAAGCCUCUUUGCGGGCCUGAUAUUCUGAAAUAUUUCAAAGACCACGGCGUCACUGAAGAUCCUAAGGAAAUUGUCGUCGUGGGCGACCGACUUGCCACAGAUGUUCUGCUCGCUCGAGAGAUGGGCAGUUGGAGCAUCUGGUGCAGGAAUGGCUGGCGGAACCCCGAAAUGCCCGGACGAGACUACAGGGGAUUCUUUAGCAAGAUGGAAAACCGGUACGAGAGGAUUAUGAGAGGUGGGUUUGGUAGCGUUGCUCCUUUGCCCGGGAGUCAGACUCGAUGAUGGUUGCUAUCGGCAUCACAUCACAAACGGUGCCACUGUACUCCAGCUACAAACGCGCCCAAAAGUCGACUUGGUUCGCGACAAGGCGAGCCGCAUCCCCGAUACACCGCAAUCUGCAGUGCUCGUAGGGUCGAAAUACCCUGCAAACUCCAUUGCGACGCAGAACACCAUGUGCGCCCCACUUCCAACCUCAGCUCUCAGCUAUCAGCUCUGUGAUUUGCUCUAUGGCCGCGAUUGUGCACAGUCUCGAGGAUAUUUAGAUGAAAUCGGACAGGUGUUCCAUUGCCGCACCAGACCGCUGAGCCUCAGCUGUCAUGUCGUGCAAGGCACGCUCGUCAGAGGGCCAGCCGCUGUGUAAGGCUGGUACGACCGACCUCAGAUCUGCCGACGGGCCGGUGCUGUGUGGUGCUGCAAUCCUACCUCAAGACGCAAGCUCCUUGCUCCCAUCAAGGGAGCUACCCGAUGUAAAAGUCGGAGUCCCGGUACUUUUCGAAUGUGUAUGUGUAGGACUCUGAUACGGCGGCAACUCCGACCUGCUCUCACUUCCACUUCCCAACGACGCCGCCGUAGUAGUAUGUACUACUUUUGUCGCCGCCGGAAGCUCAAUGACCGGACUAGUAUUAGUACUACUAGUAGUAGCCGGCUGAAUCAUGUUCACAUCCGCAUUCCCACUCGCAUUCGCAUUUGCCGCUAACGGAGACGGCCCCUGGCCCAUAUUCACCGGCACCAAAGUCAACGGAUUCAACCCUUGCCUGACCAAUUCACUAUUAUCUGCCGUCCUCCGUCUGGCCACAAUCUGGGCCACAGCAUCCUUUAGGCUGAAUUUAUUCGGCGUGAUCCUCACAUCUAACCUGCCCGAAACAGGAACGCGGAUCCAAUUCAGCGUAUUUGCAUCGACCGGCACAACAAAGCGAAUCGCCUCAAAGUAAACUGUUUGACUGGUCCCCGAAUGCUCGAUACAACUCGCGUGUUUGAGGUCGAUUUGGUGUUUUGUGCAUCUUGAUCGAGAAGCCAGAAUAGUUUCAAUGGCCUCGUCGCGACUGACGGACCUGUCUUCGCCGUUGACGUGGUCUUGGAAGUCUUUGGCGAAUAGGUCGUAUAGUUUCGUGGCGUCCGGGUCCGGACUGUCGUAUUCGCUGAAUAGGGCUUUUAAGCAUUUUAAUCCGUGCGGUGAUUUGGUGGAGAUGGCGCGGUAGGAUUGGGUGUGUUCGUGGAGUUGGAUUUUGCCCAUUUUUGAAACUGACACUGCCAGUGAUUGCAGUAGUGAUUGUUGUUGGAUGAAGGAAGUGCUGGAUGGGAUUCUGGUCGGUACCUAUGUAGGUAGGUGAAUACUCUUCUUUCUUUGGUGCUUCGCUCGCACAAUGGCACAAUAUUGUUCUGUUUUACUCACGUCGGCUUUUCGUGCUGCCAGUGUCUGUGGCUGAGACGCAGUAAAUGAGGCUUCGUGCUCUAGACCUGGUAGGUACCUGGGUAGAUGUUCUUGUACAAACUCCUUAGUCUCCCUCUCACCGCGGGAGCUUGCAGUGCUGCUAAACCCGAGGUGUUGGAAGAUCUCAAUUGCAGUGGAUGG